AUGGGAAGUGCAGGCCUCUCCUCCGACGAGGUCAUCGACCACCUUAUCCGCAAACACAUCUCUACACUAGCCCAAGCUCCUUACAUAUCUCAAAGCGAUCUCCCAUUCUUUGUAGCCGAUACCAACCGAAUCGUCGAGCAACACCGAAGAUGGACGCACACGAUGCCGGAUAUCCAGCCUUUCUACGCUGUAAAAGCAAACUCAGACACGAAACUACUCCAAUGUCUAGAUAGGCUUGGUGUCAAUUUUGACUGUGCUUCUCUGGAUGAAAUCCAACAAAUACUGAGUCUGGGCAUUGAUCCUUCCCGGAUCAUAUUUGCUCAUCCGUGCAAAGCGGCCUCGGCGCUCCAUUUUGCCUCCAAGCGGGGCGUCCGCUGGACCACGUUUGAUAAUAUCGAUGAACUGGAGAAAAUUAGAGAACAUGGUGCACAGAUGGAGCUUCUACUUCGGAUAUUUGCUCAAGAUGACGGAGCGAAAGUUUGUCUGGGUGAUAAAUUUGGGGCUGCGUGGGAUGAUACCUGGUCUUUGCUGGAGAGGGCAAGACAGCUGGAUUUGAAAAUUGUCGGUGUCAGCUUUCAUAUCGGCUCCGGAGCAUCUGACCCCCAAGCAUUUGCCACCGCCAUUCAACAAGCAAAACAAGUGAUCGAACAAGGCGAACGUCUAGGAUUUCAAAUGACCGUCCUGGACGUAGGGGGUGGCUUCCAAGACGCGAAUUUUGAGAUAAUGGCAUCAGGACUCCGUCCAGCUCUCGCACAGGAAUUUCGCGAUCGAAAACUGACGGUGAUCGCGGAACCUGGCCGAUUCUAUGCGACCCCUUUCUACACAAUGGCGUGUAGGGUGAUUGCGCGUCGGACGCAGAUUAGAUCGGCCUCCAAAGUCGCGGAUAUGCUGUAUCAGAAUGACGGACUCUACGGCUGCUUCAGCUGCGGCUGGAGCGAAAAUGAAGUGUAUACGCCUGUUCUUGUCAGCGGAGGGGCGGUGGAGCGAGACUGGGGAGAGCAUCGGUAUUCCGUCUGGGGGCCGACUUGCGACAGUAUUGAUCGGGUCGCGGAAGAGGUUGCCAUGGAUUGUGAGGUUAAGAUUGGCGAUUGGUUGAUUUAUCGGAAUAUGGGAGCGUAUACGGUCUCCGCGGCGUCCCGUUUUAAUGGAUUUCCCAAUACUUACGAUUGGCGGUUCUGGCAACAUUCAGAGAUUGACCCCUCUACGCUGAAAUCAGAACAAGCUAAUAUGAUUUACAAUAAAUUCGAUGUUUCUUCAAAGCUGAUUGUGGGCGCUUUGACGACGGCCCACAUCCCGGUUCCCCGCUAG